UAACAGAAUAAUCAACAACUACCUCUCUCGCGAUUCAUAUGCUUCACCCUCCUCGCCAUUAUUCUCGGGAAAGAAAAAGCAAAGCAAAACAUGGUCACAUGAAGAACCCUUAAACCUUCAUCUAGUCGUGUGCCGCACUUUUCAGUUUUCCCCUUCCUUCCUUCUCUUCUCUGACGCUUUAAAUGUGGCUAUGGCUGUAAUUCUCGAGGCGGUUUGUGUGUUUCUGGGGACAUCCCAAUUUCUGGGAGCCUAUACUCCGACGAUGGUGUUCCUAAUUCUGAUGUGGGUUGCUUUCCUAGUUGGUGUCACCAUUGGUUGGAUGUGGAAGCCCAGUUGGGCACCCGGUUUAACCCAGCAAGGCAGUUUGGUUUCUUCCUCUUCAUCUUCGUCUGCGCACAAAUUGGUGGACUCUUCGCCGCCGUCUUCACCUUCCCGGUGUCCGGAUUCUCCGGUGAAGGGUUUUGGGUCGGCCCCUUGCCUCACAUCCUUCUUGCUCAGCUCGCCGAAUUUGGUGGAUGCAAGCUCAUUUGCCGUCCACCAUUCUCAAUUUGAAGAUUCAUGUGGAGGAACCCAGCUGGAUGAUGAACGGCCUAAUGCUGCUGAUCUGGUGAUCGAAGAGGAUUUGGUGUAUCUGCACAACCUUGUUGAAAUGAAAGAUGGAGGUCCUUCUUGGAUACAGAUGAUGGAUCGUUCGACAACCGGAAUGACUUACCAAGCAUGGAGGAGAGACAUCAAGGAUGGUCCUCCUCAUUAUCGUACCAGAACUGUUUUCGAGGAUGCUUCACCGGAGAUAGUGAGAGACUUCUUUUGGGAUGACGAGUUCCGGUCAAAUUGGGACGAUAUGCUAGCCCGUGCGGCUGUUGUAAACGAGUGCCCCACAACAGGGUCCAUGGUCGUGCAUUGGUUAAGAAAAUUUCCCUUUUUCUGUAGUGACAGAGAGUAUACUAUAGGCCGUCGAAUCUGGGAGUCUGGAAGGUCUUAUUACUGUGUUACAAAGGGAGUACCUUAUCCUUCCAUCCCAAGGGGUGAUAAACCAAGGCGUGUGGAUUUGUACUACUCAAGCUGGUUUAUUCGACCAGUUGAAUCCAGAAGAGGGGAUGGCCAACUGACUGCAUGCGAGGUUCUGCUCUUCCAUUACGAAGACAUGGGUAUUCCUUGGGAGCUCGCAAAGCUUGGUAUUCGCCAAGGAAUGUGGGGAUCAGUAAAAAAGAUCGAGCCUGGUUUGCUAGCUUACCAAACCGCAAGGGCAUCCGGAGCAGGACUCUCACGCACUGCCUUCAUGGCUCAGAUCAACACCAAACUGGAUCCCGAGUUAGUGAAAGCACUGGGAGGCAACACCAAGGAGGUAUCAAUGGCAGAGGCAGAAGCAGAGAGUUCAUCAAAUCAAAGUUCAGGCAGGAAUAUACCGAAGAUGUUGCUUAUAGGUGGAGCUAUCGCGGUUGCUUGCAGCAUUGACCGAGGGCUUCUGACGAAGGCAUGUGUGUUUGGCAUAGCUAGGAAGUUAGGGAAUUUGGGGAAGAGAUUAAGCUGAGAGGACAAAAGAUGUCAGUAGUAGUGAUGGUUGUAUAUAUGUAUGAUAUGGAACCGGGAGCAAUAAUGUUAUUGUUAGACGAAAUAGUAGCUCAAGCUCCGAGUUACCUUUUCUUUCCCAUGUAAAUUGUUGAGGUCUGAAUCCGAAUUGCAGAAGGAAAUAGUGUUACCUCGCGUAAAGAACAGCGGUUGUUUCCCUACCAUUUGCAAUGUAACCAAAGAGACAGAAGGUGUGUGGAUGUCUGUGAUUGUGAUUGCACAGAGUUCACAUGUUUGAGGCAAAGUUGCGCUGUUGCUUUGCUGUGUUGGGGAGCUGGGUCUCCCUUAAGGCAUCGAAUUAGGAAAGGAAUUAAUGUGUCUGGUUCAG